CCGACGGCCACACAACACCAGCUCGGCGUUAAGGAAAAUUUUGUGUUUUUUUAUUUUUCGGGUUUAUGUUUAGUUUAUUCGCUAAAUUUCUAAUGAUGAAUUUUAGGAUUUUGGCGAAAAUUUGCUUACGAUAAAAACCUGCUUCGAUAGACUUAAAAAAAUGGUCUACUUCACGUUGAUUGCAUAUAGUAAAACAAACAAACUCUAGUGAGCGAAGAAAUGCUUUACAACGCUGCUGCGGGUUAUUCCCAUUGCCGAUUCGGCUCUGAUAGUUUGAUUCAUAGAAGAAACUCUUCAGCUUACGUUCUAGGACCAAACAGAGAUGCAGACGCAUUCGAUAGUGGAGACUCGACCUUAUCCGAUUUAGAUGAGUCUGAGUCAUACUCAGGGUCAGGCUCAAAUGGUUCGGAAAAUUCCGGCUCAGAAGCAGGUAUAACUGGGGAUCCAAACUUGCCAUAUCCAGGUAUUGUACCGGUUACACUAAAAUAUUUGUCACAAACGACGAGGCCCAGAAGUUGGUGUUUGGCUCUAAUAUCGAAUCCAUGGUUUGAACGGGUAUCCAUGAUGGUUAUUUUAUUAAACUGCAUAACUUUGGGUAUGUACCAACCCUGUGUCGAUAAAGAUCCCUGUUCUACCAGCAGAUGCAGGAUUUUACAGAAAUUUGAUGAUUUUAUUUUUGCCUUCUUUUCCCUGGAAAUGACUAUAAAAAUGAUCGCUAUGGGAGUUUAUGGUAAAGGUUCUUACUUGGCAGACUCCUGGAAUAGAUUAGAUAUGUUCAUAGUCUUCGCUGGAGCUUUCGAAUAUAGCUUACCAAAUUUUAAUGAUUUAAAUUUAUCACCCGUGAGAACAAUUCGAGUACUGAGACCAUUGAGGGCCAUUAAUAGAAUACCUAGCAUGAGGAUAUUAGUAAUGCUAUUACUGGACACUUUACCAAUGUUGGGAAACGUGCUACUGCUCUGCUUUUUUGUGUUUUUUAUUUUUGGAAUUGUGGGUGUCCAAUUAUGGCAUGGGGUAUUACGGCAAAGAUGCAUUUUUAACAGGACCUUGUAUCCACAUGUGAGAUGGCCUGGGAUACCCUUAACAUAUAAACCGCUAGACACUGAUUACAUAUGCAGCAAAAGCAAUCACUCUGGUAUGCACAAUUGCCAUGACUUACCGCCAUUUUUAAACGGUUCCAUCGAAUGUCAGCUAACAUGGGAGGAAAAACAAUUACCUCAGUACAGUCACGACGAUAAUUACUGCAUUAAUUGGAAUUUGUAUUAUACUACGUGUUCAGAUAAUAACGAUAACCCUUUCCAGAAUACCAUAUCGUUUGAUAAUAUUGGGCUAGCCUGGAUCGCUAUAUUCUUAGUUAUAUCGUUGGAGGGUUGGACCGAGAUAAUGUACUAUGUACAAGAUGGACAUAGUUUUUGGGACUGGGUUUAUUUUGUUCUGCUUAUUGUCAUCGGUUCCUUUUUUAUGAUCAACCUCUGUCUCGUCGUAAUCGCCACCCAAUUUUCCGAAACAAAAAAACGCGAAAUGGAACGAAUGCGGCUCGAGCGAGCACGAUUUCAAAGUAGUAGUACUCUUGCUUCUUCCACCAAUAACAGUGAACCAACCAGUUGCUAUGCUGAGAUAGUAAAGUAUAUUGCACACAUAUGUAGACGCAGCAAGAGGAGGGUACUCAAAAAAAUCCGUUUGUAUAGAGUAAGAAGAGAUUUGAGAAGGGAUAAGAAGAUUUCAAUGGGCGAGACUAUAAAACUGAACCAUACCAAGAGACAUCAUCCAAAUUGUCCUAAAGUGAAAAGUGCUUUGCCUCAAAGUGCUUGUAGUACACGUGAAGUGUCACGCGCAAACUCAAUUUGCUUAAGUGAUCCUGAGUUCCAUUUGCGUGGAGGUGAUGAUGUUGGCGUGUCUGUCGUUGGACUAAAUCAGAUUUCUGCUAUUUCUAAUCAGGAUAUUACUACUAGUCACGCUACUAGUGCGACCAAUUUACUAUUGCCCAACACUCUUCAAAAUAAUCGACGUCGCUCUUCAGUAAUGUUUAGCGACAUAAUUUUACUGCACGGACAAAACGUUUCUCAUACCGCCUCCUCUACAAAUUUUUUAUCGGAGCAUAUGGACAAAAAAAAUGUUUGCUCCAGUGAAAAAACUACACAAGCGGGAGAUGGAAAUAUUUGGCAAAUAACUGCCCCAACGAAUGCACAAGAAAUGUUAAAGACCAAACAACAAAUUGCGGAAGAGUGCAGCAAUUUGAUGAAUGGUGAAGCCUUGACUUGUCAGGAACUGUUGGCUUUAGGGGCAAUAAAUGCCGCCUUACCGACCGGUCCAGUUGUGUUGGAUUCGUUUUUCGAUUCACUCUCUAAGGGCAUUACAACUCGAAAGAAAAAAGAAGAUUAUUGUUGUAUGCAGAAUGAGAAUAAUGAAGAGGAUUUCAGUUGUUGCAUGGAUAUGUGGCACUGUGAGUCCGAAUACAAAAACGAGAAACGCUCGAAGUUCUACGUUUGUUUGUGCAUGAUAAUAAAAGGUUUCGUAAAAGGCUUACGAAUGUUUAGAAUGUACAUAAAAAUUUUGGUUGAACAUAAACUAUUCCAACAUAGUAUUUUAUUAGCCAUUUUAAUAAAUACUCUAUCAAUGGGUAUAGAACAUCAUCAACAAUCCGAUUGGUUGACCCACUGCGUUGAAGUGACCAACGUAAUUUUUUCUGCGGUUUUUGCUGUUGAAAUGUUACUUAAGAUUUUGGCUGAAGGCCCUUUUGGGUAUAUUUCGAAUGGAUUUAAUGUCUUCGAUGGGGUCAUUGUAGUUUUAAGUGCAAUCGAAAUAUUUCGGAAUCUUACCAAUCAAGAUGGGGAGGUGCACACAGACUCGGGCUUAUCUGUGUUGCGCACUUUUAGACUAUUGCGCAUAUUAAAAUUAGUUCGAUUUAUGCCAAACUUGAGGCGGCAACUUUUUGUUAUGUUGCGCACAAUGGACAACGUGGCAAUAUUUUUUUCGUUGCUCAUUUUGUUUAUAUUCAUUUUUAGCAUCCUGGGCAUGUACCUGUUUGGGGGUAAGUUUUGCAAUUAUAUAGACGAAAAGGGCGCAGUCCGUAAUUGCGACUGCGAUAUGCUGGAAAAGAAGGAUCCUCGUUGCCUGUGCGACCGCAAACAUUUCAACAAUAUCCUCUGGGCGACAGUGACCGUUUUUCAAAUUUUGACACAAGAGGACUGGAACAUAGUCCUUUCCAAUGGUAUGGCUCGCACCUCCCAUUGGGCGGCUCUGUAUUUUGUGGCUUUAAUGACAUUUGGUAAUUAUGUUCUCUUUAACCUUCUUGUCGCCAUCUUGGUUGAAGGUUUUAGUUCUGAAAGGAAUGAAAGGAGGGAGAGAGAGCAAAGAGAGUUAGCCAGAAGGAAAAUGUCUUGUAUAUUAGAGGCAAAUUUAAAGGAUAGUAGCGAGGAAAGUAGCCGGUCUGACACCAGCGGAUCAUCCGAAAUUCAUUGUCUAAAUAACAAACGCAAUGAUUGGACCAGCAAUUCGGUAGAUGAAUUACGGAAAGUAAAGAAUCUAAAUGGCCAAAAGAUUCAUCGCCAAGUGAAAUGUUAUGACUAUAAUAACAAAGACUGUAUUAUAAAGGAACCAAAAUGCAAUAUGCAAAAGGAAUCUUUGCUGCGCCACGCAUUAAAAAAACCCAUUCCGCCGAUAAUUACUCAUACAGCGGCUACGCCUCAAGACUCGCCCUCGAAUACCCUCGAAUCUGAAUUCGCUGAAUUUAUAUAUAAUAUUAAUACCAACGACGACGAUAAAGGUGAAGAAUCCACGCCAUCUGGUGAACAAUUACCUGUGCAAAAUAAUUCGGGCUUAAAUUUAUUGAAACCUCCAAGUCCUAUGACGCCUCCAGUGACGUCACGCAGCGUGGAAAAACCCAUUGAAGAUACCAAACAACCCUCCAGAUACAAAUUGUUAAUUCAUAAUGAAAAAGUUGGCUAUAAAACGAUGUCGUUUUCCGAAAAGGUCGUACAAAUCCCUAGCGGAGGUAGCCCACAAAGUCCAGAAAAUUCUGGAAAGUUACAGAGCAAAAUGUCUUGGAAUUUACCGAGGAAACCUAGUUUAAGGAGAAAGGUGGUCAAACCAGAGUCAGACGAAACUGUUCCUUUAAAUAAUGGUCGCGAUCAUUCCCACUGUAAUGGAAAAGGCGUCACAAAACCGACUAUUGUUCCUGCUUUAACCAAAAGAAAUUCUUUAAAUAAAUCCCAAAACAGUUUAAAACAACAAAACUACAAUCGUAUUUCCAGGGAAAAUAUUAAUAAGACACCAGGACAGAUAGAACUGAAACCCCUUAAUAAUUUUAAAAAUAAUUUGCUGUUGGAAACGAAUCUUACAGGUAGUGAAACCACGAUAAAAGAAAACAAUGCUAAACCUUUUCGCUUAUCACAAAAACUUGAGAUGUUUAUUGAGAAAACUGGUUGUUUGAAGGGAAAAGAUGACUAUUCUUUAUAUCUAUUUUCACCAGAGAAUAAGUUUAGGCGUAAAUGUGUCUGGUUGGUGGAACAAAAGUACUUUGACAACAUUGUUCUGUUAUUUAUAGCAAUGAAUUGUAUCACUUUAGCAAUGGAGAGACCAAAUAUUCCACCAGAUAGUCCAGAAAAGUUGUUUUUGCAGAGUUGUAACUACAUCUUUUCGAUAGUUUUUGCCUUUGAAAUGUUCGUCAAGGUGGUGGCAACUGGUAUGUGUUACGGUCCUGAUGCCUAUUUCACUUCAGGUUGGAACAUAAUGGAUGGAGCAUUGGUUAUCAUUUCCAUAGUUGAUAUUAUUAUGUUUUUAAUUAAUGACACUACCUCUAGGAUAUUUGGAAUUCUAAGAGUGUUUAGACUACUAAGAUCGCUACGCCCCUUAAGGGUAAUCAACCGAGCACCUGGACUAAAACUCGUUGUUCAAACUCUGCUAUCGUCUCUACGCCCAAUCGGAAACAUUGUGCUAAUAUGUUGCACUUUUUUCAUCAUAUUUGGUAUUCUCGGUGUUCAAUUGUUUAAAGGCACAUUUUACCAUUGUAUCACAGAUAAUGUAACAGGAAUAAUAGACAAAGCGGACUGUCUGGCUAGUGGUCAUGAAUGGAAAAAUGAAAAAUAUAAUUUUGAUGAUCUAGUACAGGCGCUCAUGUCCCUGUUCGUACUGAGCUCUAGAGAUGGAUGGGUGAACAUUAUGUACACUGGUUUAGAUGCGGUAGGGGUGGACAAGCAGCCCAUAACUAACUAUAAUGAAUGGCGACUGUUAUAUUUCAUAUCAUUCAUCUUAUUGGUGGGAUUUUUUGUCUUAAACAUGUUCGUUGGGGUAGUCGUGGAAAAUUUUCAUCGUUGUCGAGAGGAACAGGAAAAAGAAGAGAGAGUGCGAAGAGCAGCUAAAAGAGCAUUACAGUUAGCCAAGAGGAGAAGAAAAAUGAACGAGCCUCCUUACUACAUAAACUAUCCCUCUUGGCGUCUGUUUAUUCAUAAAAUUGUGACGUCAAAAUACUUUGAUUUAGCAAUUGCAGCUGUGAUCGGCCUGAACGUAAUUACCAUGGCCACUGAAAGUUAUAAAAUGCCCACUAUAUGGGAAUACGUUUUAAGAAUAUUCAACUAUUUUUUCACUGCUGUGUUUAUAUUAGAGAGUAUUAUGAAACUAAUCGCACUGGGUUUUAAGAUGUAUGUUAAGGAUAAAUGGAACAUUCUGGAUAUUGUAAUAGUGAUUUUGUCGGUAUUUGGAAUAAUUAUUGAGGAGAUGAAGGAAAAUGAGAUGAAGAUUAUACCGAUAAACCCUACCAUUAUACGGGUUCUACGGGUGAUGCGUAUUGCACGUGUUUUAAAACUCCUAAAAAUGGCGAAGGGUAUCCGUGCACUUCUAGAUACGGUCAUGCAGGCCCUUCCGCAGGUCGGCAACCUAGGGCUCCUCUUUUUCCUUCUUUUCUUCAUUUUCGCGGCCCUGGGGGUCGAGCUGUUUGGCCGCCUAGAUUGCAAGGUCACCCCUUGUCAAGGUUUAGGAGAACACGCCCACUUCGAGAACUUCGGCAUGGCAUUUCUGACCUUGUUUAGGGUCGCCACCGGAGACAACUGGAAUGGAAUUAUGAAGGACACACUUUAUAAUGAACUAUGCAAUCCGACCGAUGAAUGUAUCAAGAAUUGCUGUAUUUCACCGAUAAUUGCGCCGAUUUUCUUUGUGAUUUUCGUGCUGAUGGCACAAUUUGUUUUGGUCAAUGUGGUGGUGGCGGUGCUAAUGAAGCACUUAGAAGAGUCUCAUAAGCAUUUGGAAGAUGAGCAAGAUAUCGAUAUCCAGUUAGAGAGGGAGUUUCAGGAAAAACAAGAGCAAAAUGAGAGAAGGGCUUUGUGUUUGGCAUUGCAGUUGGACACGCAGGAAUUUCUUCCGAAGAAGCCCAAAAAACCACUGCAAAAAGUUUUAUCUCUACCCUCAAACUUCACCUUUAACUCUCCGGAUACCGAACUCAACCAAAACCCUACAAUCAAACGGCAAGCGCCAUCUAUUGACUUUCAAACAUCGCCAAUCAUCGUGUCCAACAUGGAUGACAUGCGCAAUAUUGACGAUUCCCUUUCUGACCUAUAUAACAUUCAAGAGAUGCCUCGCAAUGUUAAAAAUGACAUCCAUAAAGUCAUCGUUUAUUCUAAUCCUGAAAUAACGGUAACCAAACAGUUGGAGGUGCCAAAAAAGAAGCCUUAUCAAGAAAAUAUCAAUAGAUUAUCUGUGAUGCAAAAAUCUAAGCACUACGGCAGUUCGCGUCAUUUAUUACAAAAACAGGCUUCUAUGGAUCUUCACGAGGUGACUCCAUUUAUAAUACCACCUCCAGAGGGGUACGAUACCUUAAAAAUUCCCCCUGCGGUGGAAAAGUUUAAUUAUUUUAAAACCAAAAUAAAUGAUAGUCAGGAGAGUGUUCAAAGAAUAGUAGCAGAGAGAAGAAAACUAGAUGAAAAAUUAAAGGAGUUUGAUUUUCGCGAUAUUUUCAACACUAGGCAUUGUAGUGAAGAAAAUAUAGUAGAUAAGUACAAAUAGUUGAAAUAUUUUAGGUAGGUAAAAUUGUUUUUUGGACCCUCUUAGUGAGUUUCUGUUGUAAUAAAUGGAAGUACCAAAAACUGUGACAGAUAUUACAAACACUAUACAUUCCAAACCAUUCAACUAAAAUAAUACUGCAUUUAUUGUGAAACUUACUAAAAGGUCCAAGUAGUAAUCUAAUUAGAAUAUAUAAAAUAGUUUACAAAAAUUGUCUACCUAUGUUGGGAUAUGAACCUAAUAGACAUGGUCAUAGGUUACCCUGGGCCAAUGCCCUAUUAGAGCUAGACAAAAUUUAGUGCAUAUCAACCGGCUCUGUAUUACUGUAUUUCUAACUUGUGCUUCCUAUUCUUACUAACCUAUCCUAUGAUUGCUGACUAGUUAGAAAAUCUAAAAUCUUGCUUUGUUAGUGUAGAAUUUUACAAUUAAAUUCAUGGUACAAUAAUUUAGUUUAUUUUUCAGGUUAAAUUCGGGUAGGAGCCGUAGUUAUAGUGAUUAAAAAAGUGAAUCUGUAGUCAUAUGUAAACCAAAAGGAAUAACUUAAACUAUCGAAUUUAUUGUGAACAAAUUUCUCUUCUAUUUUAUGAUUUUUUUUGUACUUGCUCUGUACAAAUUUAGGUUUAAAUUUUAAUGUAUAUAGCAAUUAUAACAAUAGUUCUAUAGCCUAGAAUAAAAGGGUACUUUUCUGUGAAAACCUUGUAAAAAUUUUGUAAUUAGUUACAUGAACUGUACUGCUCUAACUUUUCUAUGUAGACAAAUUUAUUGAAUUUAAA